AUGUCAAAACCCCAGUUCGACCGCGCAGACGCGUCCGCCCUCCUCGACGACCGGGGCUACUCGGGCGCGCUAAUCCGCGGGCAGAACCCCGCGCUGCUCUUCGAAAAGGGCGUGCGCGAGCGCAUCACCGAGUCGUACUACUGGAAGGAGCAGUGUUUUGGUCUCAACGCAGCGACGCUCUGCGACCGCGCCGUGGAGCUCAAGUUCAUCGGCGGCACGAGCGGAAUCACGGGCCGGCCCACGCCGUUCCUGUGUCUCGCGUUCAAGAUGCUGCAGCUCGUGCCGGAGAAGGCGGUCGUGCUGGAGAUGCUCAACUUCAGAGGGGAUGAGGAGGAGGAAGACGAGGAGAUGCUGAACCUCAGAGGGGACGAAGAUGGGGAAGACAAGGAGAUGGGUGUCAAGCUGGAGACGCAGGAAAACGGGGAAGCCAAGGCGGAAGAAGAGGCGAAGAAGAGGGACCUCAACGCUGAGGGGAAACUGGGGACGUUCAAGUACCUCCGAUGCCUGGCCGCCUUUUACAUUCGACUCGCCUGGGAGCCGGUCGAGAUCUACACCACGCUGGAGCCGCUACUCACAGAUUACCGCAAGAUCAAGCGCCGACUGAAAGAAAACUUCAGCCUGACCUACGUCGACCAGUUCGUCGACGACCUACUCACAAAAGAGCGCAUCUGCGCAACAAGUCUGUGGAAACUGCCCAGCAGAGCCAACCUCGAGGACCUGGACAUGCUGGAGCCCAGGGAGAGCCCGUUGGGCGACGAGGUGGAUCUCCUCGACGAAGAAGACGAGCGGGCGCGCGACCGAGACGCCAGCGUGCCAAGCGACCGCAGCGCAAGGAGUUACCGGAGUCGGAGCUACGACAGCAGAAGUCGCAGCAGGAGCAGAAGCUACGAUGGCAGAGAUCGCAGCAGAAGCAGAAGCAGAAGCAGGAGCUACGACAGCCGGGACCGCCGGCGCAGUCGCAGUCCUGGCCAAGGGAGUGAUGCGCGGCGGAGCAGGAGCAGGAGCAGGAGCAGGAGCAGGAGCAGGAGCAGAAGUCGAGGGCGAGACUGA